AUGAUAUCUCUCACUCAGAGUGGUAUUCACAAGGAUUACAUCCUGCAGGCAAGCGAGUAUGGGCGGGGGCACUAUGGGGUGGUGAGAAAGGCGACGGAUCGAUGGACGGGAGAGGAGGUGGCAGUGAAGGUGAUCUCCAAGGUGGGAGACAACGGGGGACUGGAGACUCACCUGAUUCAGCGGGAGAUCGAUAUCAUGAAAGACGUAGAUCACCCCAACGUCGUGAGGAUGUUCGCGUGCUACGAGUCCAGGAGCCACUUCCACAUCGUCAUGGAGCCGGUGACAGGAGGGCAGCUGCUGGACCGCAUCGUGGCGAAGGAGCACUACUCGGAGACAGAGGCAGCCGACUGCUUCCUGCAGAUUAUCAGCGCGGUCAAGUACCUUCAUCAGAUCGGCAUCGUUCACAGGGACCUCAAGCCGGAGAACGUCCUGUACGCCAGCCCGGACCCGGACUCUCCUCUCAAGAUCUGUGACUUCGGGCUCAGCCUCAAGUCCGACAUCGAAGAGCUCGAGGCCGGACGGGCCCGGAUGUGGAGCAAGUGCGGGUCGCCGGACUACGUAGCUCCGGAGGUGCUGGGCCGCUCAGGGUACGGGAAGGAGUGCGACGUGUGGAGCUGCGGGUGCAUCCUGUACGUGCUGCUGUGCGGGUUCGCUCCCUUCGGGCAGGACACGCUGAGGAAGAAGUUCAGCUCGAUCUGCCGUGGGAAGUUCAACUUCCCCAGCCCCUACUGGGACCAUGUGUCCGAUGACGCCAAGGUGAGGAGGGUUGAGGAGGGAAGGAGACUUUGA